GAUUCGACGGGUGAUGAGUCCGUUUAUACGGUAUACGAAGGCCAUGAAAUCAUGAUUCACGCAUCCACAUUAUUACCACAUUCCAAGGAGAACAAACAGCAGGUGGAAAGGAAGCGUCACAUUGGAAACGAUAUUGUAAAUAUUAUAUUUUAUGAAUGUGACUUGAACUCAUCUGCAAGUUUUAAACCAUCGAUGAUGAAAACACGCUUCACACACAUAUUUGCGUUAGUGACCCACAUAAAAGAAGAUGAUACCUAUCGGCUACACGUGUACUCUGAGGAAUCUGUACCAUUGUUUGGACCACCAUUGCCAACACCACCAGUGUUUUAUGACCAUCAAGAGUUCAGGGAUUUCCUUCUUGUCAAACUCAUCAACGGGGAGAAAGCAGCUGUAAACAACCCACUUUUCGCUCAGAAGAGGGAAAGAACUCUCGAAAUGUUGAUCAAAAAUAUCUACCAAGACUACAUGAUUGAGAGUAAUAAGACGCUAGUACGCCCUAGCUAUCGGGUUAGUAGAACAGUUGUUUCAUGUAACAGGAAUGACUAUAUAUCAAGCCUCACGCUCCUCUGCUGA